CGCGCCGGGCCAGCGAACUGCGGGGCGGAGACCCGGGCGCCCCGCCUCACCUCCCGGGCGCAGGCGGUCGCGGCCGCUCCACAGACACACACCCACCGAGCACCCACCGAGCAUCUACCCAGCACCCACUGAACACCCACCAGCACCCGCCGCCCCCGCCGGCCGCCGCCGCCGCGCCUCGGGCAGCAGCAGGAGCGGCCAGUCCCGGGCUAGAGCGGCGCGCGGAGCCCCGCUUGAUCUUCCCUUCUCUCCACUCCAGCCUUCUCUGGUCUGGGCGGCGGCAGCAGGGGGAUGGGGGCCCCGCGCGGGGAAAGGGGGUGAAGAUCGAUGGCGAUUUUUGUUCUUUUUAAAGGAUGCCUUAGCUUCCUCCAGCCGCCUCUUCUGUGAGCCUUCCCGCUAGAGAACCAGACUGAAGGAUGUAAAGAGACAGAAAGCCGCCAGGAGCUCCAGCCAGCCGGGAAGACCUCCUCUCCGCGGAGGGGAGGGGGAUUUCCAGCGACACUUCAUUGGCGAAGGGGACCGUCGCAGGGAGAGGAGCCCCCAGAGGGAUCAGGGAAUCCCACAGCUCUUUGUGGCGCCCGAGCCCGAGCCUGUGCCGCCGGCUGAGCGGGGUCUAGGGGAGCUAGCUGUCGGUGGAGAUGCCUGAUCCCAAGGGAUCCUGCUGUAGUUGACAUCUUUUUUAAGGACCUGGGUCCGUGGCUCUGUCCAGUUCAAAAUGGCAGAAAAGGCUCCCCCUGGCUUAAACAGGAAGACGUCAAGGUCCACACUCUCACUUCCUCCAGAGCCUGUGGACAUCAUCAGGAGCAAAACGUGCUCCCGGAGAGUUAAGAUCAACGUGGGGGGCCUCAACCACGAAGUCCUGUGGAGAACUCUGGAUAGGCUACCCAGGACACGCUUGGGGAAGCUUCGAGACUGCAACACACAUGAGAGUCUCCUAGAGGUGUGCGAUGACUACAAUCUGAAUGAGAACGAGUAUUUCUUUGACCGUCACCCUGGAGCCUUCACAUCUAUUUUAAAUUUCUACCGGACAGGGAAGCUCCAUAUGAUGGAAGAAAUGUGUGCCCUCUCUUUCGGCCAAGAGCUUGAUUACUGGGGGAUCGAUGAGAUCUACUUAGAGUCCUGCUGUCAAGCCAGGUACCAUCAGAAGAAAGAGCAAAUGAACGAAGAACUGAGGCGAGAGGCAGAGACCAUGCGGGAGAGAGAGGGAGAAGAGUUUGACAACACUUGCUGCCCCGAGAAAAGAAAGAAGCUUUGGGACUUGCUGGAGAAGCCUAACUCAUCAGUGGCUGCAAAGAUCCUGGCCAUCGUGUCUAUUCUGUUCAUCGUACUUUCUACCAUUGCUUUGUCUCUCAAUACACUUCCGGAGCUUCAGGAAAAUGACGAAUUUGGGCAACCCAGUGACAACCGCCAGUUGGCUCAUGUGGAAGCUGUAUGCAUUGCUUGGUUCACUAUGGAGUACCUUUUACGGUUCCUGUCCUCACCAAAUAAAUGGAAAUUCUUUAAAGGCCCGCUUAAUGUCAUUGAUCUGUUGGCCAUCUUACCAUACUAUGUCACCAUUUUCCUCACUGAGUCCAACAAGAGCGUGCUGCAGUUCCAGAACGUGAGGCGUGUGGUCCAGAUCUUCCGAAUCAUGCGCAUCCUCAGGAUCUUGAAACUUGCCAGACACUCUACAGGCCUGCAGUCCCUGGGCUUCACCCUCAGACGGAGUUACAAUGAGUUGGGCUUACUGAUAUUAUUUCUGGCCAUGGGGAUAAUGAUAUUCUCCAGCUUGGUGUUUUUUGCUGAGAAAGAUGAAGAUGCUACCAAAUUCACCAGUAUCCCUGCAUCAUUUUGGUGGGCCACCAUCACCAUGACCACUGUGGGCUACGGUGACAUUUACCCUAAAACACUAUUAGGGAAAAUUGUGGGAGGCCUCUGCUGUAUUGCCGGGGUUCUGGUUAUUGCCCUUCCUAUACCAAUCAUUGUGAACAAUUUCUCUGAGUUUUAUAAGGAGCAGAAACGCCAGGAGAAGGCUAUUAAAAGAAGAGAGGCUCUUGAGCGGGCCAAAAGGAAUGGAAGCAUCGUUUCUAUGAACUUAAAAGAUGCCUUUGCUCGAAGUAUGGAACUGAUAGAUGUGGCUGUGGAGAAGGCUGGAGAGUCAGCCAAUACCAAGGACUCCGCAGAUGACAAUCACCUGUCUCCAAGCCGGUGGAAGUGGGCCAGGAAGGCUCUGUCGGAAACAAGCUCCAACAAAUCUUACGAGAAUAAGUACCAGGAGGUUAGCCAAAAAGACUCCCACGAACAGCUGAACAACACUUCUUCCUCCAGCCCACAGCAUCUGAGUGCCCAGAAACUGGAAAUGCUGUACAAUGAAAUCACCAAAACGCAGCCUCAUUCCCACCAGAACCCGGACUGCCAAGAACAGCCCGAGAGACCAUCUGCAUAUGAGGAAGAGAUCGAAAUGGAAGAGGUGGUCUGCCCACAGGAGCAGCUGGCCGUGGCACACACCGAGGUCAUCGUGGACAUGAAGAGCACCUCCAGCAUCGACAGCUUCACCAGCUGUGCCACUGACUUCACCGAGACGGAGAGAUCGCCUCUGCCACCACCCUCUGCCUCUCACUUGCAGAUGAAGUUCCCCACUGACCUCCCAGGGACAGAAGAGCACCAAAGAGCCAGGGCUCCUCCAUUUCUAACACUAAGCAGAGACAAGGGGCCUGCUGCCAGAGAGGUCACACUGGACUAUGCCCCAAUUGAUAUAACUGUGAACCUAGAUGCUGGGAAUUCCCAGUGUGGGCUCCAUGGUCCUUUGCAGUCUGGAAGUGCCACCGACAGUCCUAAGAGCUCGCUGAAAGGAAGCAACCCCCUAAAGUCCAGAUCCCUCAAAGUGAACUUUCAGGAAAACAGAGGCAGUGCGCCGCAGACCCCACCCAGCACAGCCAGGCCACUGCCAGUAACCACGGCUGACUUUCCACUGACCACACCUCAGCACAUCAGUACCAUCCUUCUGGAAGAAGACCUCCCCCAGGGAGACAGACCCUUGCUGGGCGCUGAGGUUCCAGCACACUGUCAAGGACCUUCCAAAGGGCUAUCCCCUCGGUUUCCCAAGCAAAAACUGUUUCCUUUCUCUUCCAGAGAAAGGAGGAGCUUCACAGAAAUAGAUACUGGAGAAGAGGAAGACUUCUUGGAGCUCCAAGGGGCAGGGCCAGACAAGCAAGCAGACUCCAGCCCCAACUGCUUAGCAGCAGAUAAGCCUGGCGAUGCCAGAGACCCUUUAAGAGAAGAGGGCUGUGUGGGCUCCUCCUCCCUUCAGAACACAGACCACAACUGUAGGCAAGACAUUUACCAGGCUGUGGGUGAAGGAAAAAAGGACAGUACUCAAGAAGGGCACAAGAUGGAGAACCACUUGUUUGCCCCAGAAAUUCAUUCCAACCCAGGAGACACAGGUUAUUGUCCCACACGUGAAACCAGCAUGUGACUAGUUAUAUAAGCAAUAAAAAAAAAACUUGUUUCUUAAAAAUUCGAUUAAUAAUGCCUGUGAACUAAAAUAUGGGAAGCCCCUCCCCCACAAAGUGCAUAAAAUGUUAUUUUUGCAUGGCAUGAACAGUUAAGUACUGUUUAAAUAAAGAGUCAAGACUGCAUUUUGUAACAAACAAACAAAACCACUGAAGAACAGUGAACAAAUAAAGAGAGCUCUAUUAGGAACC